ACGGUGCCACUCCGGGCAGGCAUAGCCAAUGGCACAGAGGCUUCCCUGGGGUACUGUUAGCAGCACAUCCAGUCACACACUCUCUAAUGAUGUGCUCUAGUGUACAGCUGUUCUUUUAGUGUGCCACCGGCGCAGGACUUUUACUUGAGGAAUCAGAGGGGUCUUUUUUUGGGGAACAAACCUGAGACAUAUUUGAGCGUUGGUUCUAAAAGAAAAAAACAGUUUUAGUGAACUGUGCCUCUUCUUCUUCCUCCUCCACUGUCUCCUUCCCUGUGGUCCUCCAGACAGACAGACGUCGAGUUGGGUCCGAGUGUCAUUAUGAGAUGUCGUCUCUCAGCGCCUCCUUCGUGCAAAUCAGGUUUGAUGACAUCCACUUCUACGAGAACUGCGGCGGCGGCAGCUUCGGGAGCGUGUACCGAGCCAGGUGGAUCUCUCAGGACAAAGAGGUGGCGGUGAAAAAGCUACUCAAGAUCGAAAAUGAGGCUGAAAUCCUCAGUGUGCUCAGCCAUCGCAACAUCAUUCAGUUCUAUGGGGCGAUCCUUGAAGCACCCAACUAUGGAAUCGUCACCGAAUAUGCUGGUGGAGGGUCCCUGUAUGACUACCUGUCCAGUGCAGAGAGUGAGGAGAUGGACCUGGGACAGGUUAUGACUUGGGCCAUGGAGAUUGCCAAAGGCAUGCACUAUUUACACUCAGAGGCCCCGGUCAAGGUUAUCCACAGGGAUCUGAAGUCCAGGAAUGUGGUUGUGACGGCAGACAAAGUUCUUAAGAUCUGUGAUUUUGGGGCAUCCCGGUUCCACUCCCACACCACACACAUGUCCCUGGUAGGCACGUUCCCCUGGAUGGCCCCAGAAGUCAUCCAGAGCCUGCCCGUGUCUGAGACCUGUGACACCUACUCCUACGGUGUGGUUCUGUGGGAGAUGCUCACCCGGGAGAUUCCCUUUAAAGGCCUGGAGGGAUUACAAGUCGCCUGGCUGGUGGUGGAGAAGAGUGAGAGAUUAACCAUUCCCAGUAGCUGCCCAACUAGUUUCGCUGAGCUGAUGAGGAAGUGCUGGGUGACUGAGCCAAAGGAAAGACCCAUGUUCAAACAUAUCCUUACAACCCUGGAGUCCAUGUCCAAUGACAGCAAGCUUCCUGAACAGUGCAACUCCUUCUUACACAACAAGGCUGAAUGGAGCUGUGAGAUUGAGGCCACACUGGAGAGACUGAAGAAGUUGGAGCGGGAUCUGAGCAGCAAAGAGCAGGAACUGAAGGAGAGAGAACGUCGCCUGAAGAUGUGGGAGCGCAAGCUCAUUGAGCAGUCCAACACCCCGCUGUUCCUACCCGUGGCGGCUCAGAUUAGCGCUGAGUCGUUCUAUGAGUCUAAGACGGAGGAGUCGAACAGUUCGGAGAUGACGUGUCAGAUCACAUCCUCCAGUAACGGGGAGGUGGAGGGGAUGAGACUGCAGGCCAUGAUGAAGGGCUUUGGGGACAUGUUUGCCUUGGACAUGGGGGGCCCCGUCCUGCACUCUGGCAUGCAGGUCAACAUGCAGGCCAAGCAGAACUCUUCCAAGUCCAGCAGUGUCAGAGAGGGCCGCAAAAUCCACACGGCCUUGGGGAUGUCAGACUUCAACUGGUCAGACGACAGUGAUUAGAGCGAACUGAUUGGUCCAGCUAUGUAUGGGCCACUCAGUAGCGUCUGUCAAUCAAUCCUUUUGACCUGUGUCAAAACUGUGAUCUUGCGGCAAGCUCCCAUGCAUAUUCCUUCUCACGUCACUGGUGUUAGGGACACAAGCCACAUUAGAUAAUUCAUUACUAAUAGUUUUUGUAGCGAUCCAUUUUAUUUUGCAUACAUACUUUUUUUAAACGCUGUAUGAACAUAAUGUAUUAGAAGCCUUUCGCCUACAUGGCCCUUACGGGUGUCAUUUAUGCCUAAUGUACUGGAUGUAUAGUGCCAUGCUGUGAAGAAAGAGCCAUGUGAGCAAGUUGCAAGGAGGAGGCAAAGCUUUUAUGAUGGAAGUGACAUUUUGCUGACAUUAAGAGUGGCCAAUUUUGUUCUGUAUGUGGUGGAGCGUAGUUGCUGUGAUUAAGUGUCUCACCAGGAUGAGAAAGAACAUGUUUCCCUCAGCUGACCCAGACUGGUGUCAGCAGGAGAGAGAGAGAGAGAGAGAGAGAGAGCGAGAGAGAGGAAGUUUCCUGAUAGCACUGUUCAACUACGGACUUCCCUGUUCCUUUUUUCUCUAUACACUGUCAGGAAUCUUUGGAUUUUAGGCCCACAUACUAUGGCUUAGUGGUGUAAAGUGCACUGUAGGUGUCUGUGUCUAUCUAUGUGGGGCCCCAGUAAAGUCUUGGUUCAUGUGCUGGUUGAAAGAAGCACGUUACAGAUGCAUAUCAUCAAGAUGUUUAUGAGGUGUGUCGUAGACCUUAGACUUCCACACCUUGACAGGACUAAGUUCUCACAGACAAGGGCAACUGUAUACGACCUUCAGUCACUUAAUUCAGUGGCAAAAGCCCUGCCGUGUGCUGGAAUCAUUUCGUUAAAUCAAAUGAUAUGUGAAGUAAAAAAAAAAAAGAAUCAGUAUUUCAUUGGAGAGAGGAUGUGAAAUACUGUUUUUAGAGGGCUUCUCUAAGCUAAAGGUGAUCUACCAGCUCAAUAUGUUUGCAUCUGCACCAACAGUUUUGACCACAGGCCAACGUGUGUUUAACAACCCCCAAAGCGAGCCUAUUAAAGCUCACUAAAUGUGUCAUCACUAAAUGCCCUGUAAAUUAUGCUAGGAGCUCUUCUCUUCUAAACAUAGCCAAUAUGAAGGAUCUUUCUGUUUGACUCCCAACAGCUUGGACCUAGGCCCUGCAGCUUGGACUUCUUUCUACUUAGUUGAUGUAUGUUUUUUAUAUACUGUUGUGUAAUUAUUAAACCUAGACUGAAACAUCAUCCAUUAACAGGCUAUAACCAACCGAUACACUACCUUGUGUGAAAGUCAACCACUUUGUAAGGUAUUUUCUAGACAUCUAAUGCCCAGAGUUGCAAUAUGAUCUAUGCAAACUACAUCACCUUGGAUUAGUCAAAUUCCUUGGAUUAGUCGAAUAGUGUCUCUUUAAUGGCGUGCCAUAACUCUAUCAGACCGACCACUUUUUUGACGUGAACCUAUUUUGCUGCAGAAUUUCUCUACUGUUCCUUGUUUCUCAAUAAACAUUUUCUCAUUAAACAUUGAACUUCCUGCUUUGGUUCUUCA